AUGACGAAAUUUUUACUGUGCAUCAAUGUCCUCUUCGAUCGCCCCCAGGUUGUCUACACAUUGAUCGAUCGGAAGAACGGGACAAGAAGUCACAUCACUCCCAAGGAGUAUAGUAACUACUCUUUUAAAAAAAAAGGUCAAGCUGUUGAAUUAUCCGAUGUUGGAUGGAACAAGGCACCGGCUGGGGAGGUCGCAGCAUACUAUGACAAGCAGAAGUUCAACCAAGAGCUCAAGAAGGCUGGGGACCUUAUGACAGCAGCCACUGAUACGGCAACGGCUACUUCCAUGAUAUGA